AUGAGAUAAAUUAUAUAUUUUAUGUGUUUUAUUGUUUGUUUUUAUUUUUAACUAGGAUUCCUGAUGAAAAAAACCGUGCCCUGAGCCGGUAUAUAUAUAUAUAUUUUUUUAGUUUCUAAUUUGAAGGGCGAGCGAUCGAGGAGGAUCAGCGCCAAUGGGAGGCUGCUUCAGCACUGUACGAGACACAGCCCCUGCAGGCCUCAAGCGGCAAUUAAGUAUAGAAACAGAUAAGAACGAGGCGCAAGAGGCCACUUGCUUUCUGCGAGCACAAGAUAGCAAAGUGACACUGAUUGAUUUGUCGAUUAGUGCAUCGGGAAUUGUAAAUUUAGACACUUUUUCGAAGAGUGAUCCGAUUGCUGUUCUGCGGGAAAAGCAAGUGAACGGAGCAUGGCGAGAAGUAGGGCGGACUGAGGUCAUUGCCAACACCACAGAACCAAGGUUUGUAAAGAUGAUUAGAAUUAUCUACAUGUUUUCGCGGGUUCAAGUUCUGCAGAUCCAGCUGUAUGAUGUGGACACUGAUAUCUCGGAUCAGCAGUCGACUAAUGAGCUGUGUCUCCAGGAGCAAGACUACAUUGGGGAGAUGGAGUUCUGUGUGUCAGAGCUAUUCGAAAAAGGUUUAUCGUUGACAAAACCAAUACAAAACAAAAGGUUCCCAAGGCGUGCUAAGGGAACAAUCACUGUGUCACGUCAGACACAGUGCCACGUCAGAGACAGUGCCACGUCAGCAGUGCCAGGUCAGCAGUGCCAUGUCAGACACAGUGCCACGUCAGACACAGUGCCACGUCAGCAGUGCCCCGACACCAUGACGGGCGCAGCUCUGGGCAUGUCAGGCCAACUGGCCAAUGAGUCCAUUGCCGACUACAAAAAGCGCUUCCAGGCUCAGCUCGCUGCAAUCGAGGCUGAGGAACAACGCCAGCUGGCAGUCAAGGCUGCCCAGCUACAGGCUGAAGAAGCGGCAACAGCAGAGAAGCUGCGGCUACAGGCCGAAGCAGACGCAGAUACCCAGGCUCGCCGCAAGGAAGCCCAGGAUCUGCUGCUGCGGCAUGAAGCCAACAGCAUCGACAGACUCAAGUUCUGGCACUUUGAACCGAACGGCGACGAACCAACACCGGAAGAGAAGCAUAAGGAGUUCAUGGCCAAGCUCGUGACCAGGCUGGUUUACACAUGUAACCACCUGCAGUCCGAGCUGGCAAACCUUCAGUGGGCUGUGCGGAACCAUAAGACUCAGCAUGAGGAUGCCACACGGGCACUGGACGCCCCUGUACUGGACCUGGAACAGGCUGUACCAGGACCAGCUGCUGGGGCUUCCAGUAGUGCAUCCUCUAGCCGCCAACUGGAGGAACGCGUUGACCACGUAGUGGCAAUGCUAGGAGACAUAAGUGCCUUCACAGAGCCGGCCACCAUCAGCCAGCGGUUCGACUCGGCAAGGCCAUACAAGAUGCCAACGUUCCGGAUCGAGAAAUUUGAUGACUACACACAUCAAGACCUGGUCGUCUGGUGGCAAGGAUUUACAACGGAGUUGGGGAUCCACGAGGUCCCUGACCAUCUGGUCAUCAGUGCUCUGUUCAUCAACACCAAGGGAGGAUGUCAGAUCUGGCUCAACCACAUGGCAACCAUCCACGGCGUCCAGGUUUCAGACCUACACAAGAAGGUCUCCUGGGCGGAUAUGGCAAAGGAAUGGAAGAAGCGGUUCAUAGUGGAUGACGCACCCGCGCUCGCCAUCAACCGCAUCUUCACGAUGGCUCAAGGGAGCACACCGACACGUGACUGGCUCACGGAUUGGCAGAAGAUCGUGGCCACGCCCGAUCUGGACUUGCCAUUUCCGCAUCUGCGCCGUGAGUUCUACAACAGGUCAUGCGCCGCUCUGAGCCUCGCACUUGGUGAUCGCGAGCAGUACCACACUUUCGCAAAGAUCAUCAACAAGGCGAGAGAGAUCAUCAAGACCAACAGGUCAGCUGCACACGAGAAAUCAACAUGGCAGCCGACCUAUGUGGAGAAGGCACGAACUGGUCCGCGACAGCAACACUUCGCUGCAGUCCAGCAGGACAGUGGAGAUAACCCAGCAGCCACUCCAGCAUCAAGUGACGGAGAUCAGGUGGCUGUUGUCCAUCCACGAAGCAACAACAAGUCCCGCAACAAUGGGAAGGCGAAAUCCGCAUCGCAGGCCGGAAAUGGACAGCUAGUACAAGUUCCAUGGGUCAAGUUCGGCUUGACCGAGGCGGAGUACAAAGUCCGCGACCGCUACGGCAGCUGCUAUUGGUGCAACAACACCAAGCACAAGACCUCCCUGUGCCACGAUCAGGGCAAGGAGGAUAUCAUAACAGGGCGCCCAUCCUCCUUCCACGUCAGCUAUCAGAUAUCGAGGAUGGCGCAGAACUUCCUCACCUUCAUGGAGACAGCAGCAGAUUACAUGUGUGGUCACCAGGUAAGUCCAGAGGAUGUGAAUGGCCAGAAUGACACCGUCAAACUUCGGCUACGAGCGGAAGGAUUGACGAAACGAGACUUCUUUUAUGAUGCAGACCCUUUUAUGGUGAUCUCAAGAAUGUCAGAAGACAAUGUCUAUACACCUGUCUUCAAAACGGAGGUUGCAAGAAAAACAGUGUCCCCAGCUUGGAAUGAGAUUGUCGUAUCUGUUCAGCAGAUAUGUAAUGGCGACUUCAUUAGACCUCUCAAGCUGGAGUGCUUUGAUUGGUUCACUAAUGGUAGCCAUUCUCUGAUUGGCGAGUGUGUGUGCUCGAUGCAAGAACUAAAGGAUAAAUUUGAAAGAAGAGAGCCAAUUGUGCUUAUGCAUCCAGCCAGUCGAGGGGGGGCCUCUGGACGUUUGCAUGUGGAUCGCUACACUAUUGAGCCGUACCACAGUUUUCUGGACUACGUCACGGCUCUGAUGGAGGAAGCACCCAAGGCUCCAGCGCCUCCGCCCCAGCAGCUGAUGGAGUGAGAUCUUCUGUAACAGGCAUCCGCAGUCAAACAGCAGGAAUGAAAUGGUCUUUGGGUC